AUGGCCUCAGAUAGCCAAGUGACUCUUCAGGUGUCCGAUGCAGCAGGCGCGGUCACUGGACAGAAAGACAGAGUCAAGGCAUAUGCCGCGGCUUUGGUCUGGCAGCCAGGAGAGUUUGUCGACCUGGGCCUCUCGGACGACGCUCGCACGCUCAUACACCAAGGCAAGCUAUUCAGCCAUUCCAGCAUAGGCCUCGGUCGGACACACAAAUGGACCGAGCUCUUCGUCCUGCUUUUCGACAAUUAUCUGGUCAUCACGGAGCCUCGCGAGCAAGACGGUAUCACCAACUAUCACGUUACUCGUCGCCCCAUACCGCUCGAGCUCUUAGCGACCACGAACGUUGCGCACCCGCCGAUUCAGCGCGGCGCCGUUCAGCCAAGCCCCAACCUACUGGCUACUUUGGGCGGCCUGCUUCGUUCUGGCGAUAGCGACGACUCACUUCUUGUAUACCCGUGUGAGAUUGCACACGUGGGCCGAAGUGGAUCGUGUGCCCUUUACGCGGAGAGUGAGGAGGCGCGCGUGGAGUGGAAGGAAAAGUUGUCUAAGGCGCAGAGCUUGCGGAUAGCUACUCAGGAAGGGAACAAGGUGUUCGACGUCAAACCGCUGAGCGGCGAUCCAGGCACCGGCACACCCAUCACUGGAAGAGUGACGUGCAGCUUAGCGUUCAGUUCUAAGGAAGAUGAGCGCGUGCAUAUCGUCUUCGGCGGCGACGAGGGCGUCUGGACUGGCGUUCAAGAUGAUCUAUCGAGCAUCCGUCACGUCCUCGACUUGAAGAGAGUCACCCAAUGUGCUGUUCUCGAGGACUUCGGCAUACUCGUCGUCUUGGCGGAUGGCACUCUAUCCGCAUACCCUCUUGACCUGAUCGUGUCAAUUGGCGCGCCUCAGACCGACGCGACGCUCGCGCCGUUGAAGUUGAGCGAGGAGAUCGUCUGCUUCUCUGUGGGCCAGAUCCUCGGCCGCACACUCCUAGUGUACAUGUGGAAAAGAAACCGGGACAGCACGUUCCGCGUGCUCGAAGCUAUCUCGUUGAAGGAGACUGUUCAAUCCUCACUCGGCACCGAAGGGCAUACCCAGUACGGACUGGACGACCGCUGCUUCCGCGUACAUAGGGAGUCAUUCUUCCUCCAAGGCGCCGAUUGCUACGACAUGAUGUUUCUCAAGUCACGCGCCGCAAUAUCGUACCAAAAAGGGUUCGCGAUCAUGGAUCUGACAGACGACGUCAGCGUGACGAUCCCAGUACGCGACAAUUUGGACAAGGAACUCGCGAAGCGAUGCGACUCGUGUCGGCCGAUGAAGAUACUGAGAACGAGCGAGAACGAAUUCUUACUCUGCUACGAGGAGUUCGGAUUAUUCGUCACCCGUCACGGUGACCCAGUCCACGACAAGCCGCUGAUGGAAUGGGAGGGCAAAGCAGAGCAGAUUGCCUGGAACGCGCCUUAUGUGGUCGCUUUCAACGAACAUUUUGUCGAAGUCCACAACGUCGAGACCGCCCAACUUAUUCAGAUUAUUCGAGGCGAGGGCAUGUGUGCAACGUGGGAUGGACGGGGCACUGCACGGACACCAGCAGAAGCGCCCGCUGGAGGUCAGGUGUGGGUGUUCGAUUCCCAAACUCGCAUUCAUGGCGUGAUGCGCCAUGCACCGCCCGAAUCUUCGCCCGACCCUCUCGCGGGCACUGCUGUGCCAGGCGCGCAGUACGUGUUCGAGCUCGUACCCAAAGUCAGCAAAGAGGCGUGA